AUAAUAACGAAUGCAAGGCAGAAUGAAUUAUUCUGUUCUAUUGGCAUGACUAUCCUAUAAAAACAACAAAAUAACUACCUUACAGCAUCAUAACAAUGUUGAACUGAAAUAUUUAAACUUAAUGAAAAACUUAAUGAAAGCCAGGCUGGAUACCUUUGGAGCCCACUGCGCCCUGUCACUGCUGAUCCCUCUCUGUGCUUGUUUUCAGAAGAGCGCAAUGGGAUGGGGAUUCUGUGUCGAAUCUACUGCGACCAAUGAACGCGCCGCUGCCACAUCUGUCAAGCGGUUCUGACCAAUAGACAGCAGCGCGAGGCGGAUCUCAGGUGCGCGCCUCUGCGUCCUCGCGGCUCUGGCGCGCUGGGGAGCCGCCUGUGGCACAGAGUAGCUGUGGAAACUAUGGCGACCGCGGCGUCCAACCACUACAGCAUCCUUACGUCCAGCUCGGAGCCCGGCAGCAUGCAGCAGACGCCGCCGCCGGCCUACAGGGACGCGCACAGCCUUCUGCAGAGCGAAUACACUACUCUGCAGAGCAGCGGGAGCACGCUCGGCCACGCGCACCAGUGGCUGACGGCGGCGCUGUCUCACGGGGGAGAGGGGUCGCCUUGGCCCGCCAGCCCGCUGGGCGAGCAGGACAUUAAGCCGGUGGAGGAGCUGCAGCAUUCGCCGAGACAAGCGCAUCUGGUGCAGCAGAGCCAGCAUCACGAGGCGAGCGCUUGGCGCGCGACCACCACCGCGCAUAUGCCGAGCAUGAGCACCUCCAACGGGCAAAGCCUGAUCUACUCUCAGCCCGGCUACGGCGAGCCGGGGAUGCACCACGAGGACCACCACAGCCCGCAUCUGAGCGAGCACGGCCACCCGCAGAGCCUGCACUCGGACGAGGACACGCCGACCUCGGACGACCUGGAGCAGUUCGCCAAGCAGUUCAAGCAGCGCCGGAUCAAGCUGGGCUUCACGCAGGCGGACGUGGGGCUCGCGCUGGGCACCCUCUACGGCAACGUCUUCUCCCAGACCACCAUCUGCAGGUUCGAGGCGCUCCAGCUGAGCUUCAAGAACAUGUGCAAACUCAAGCCCCUGCUCAACAAAUGGCUGGAGGAGGCGGACUCCACCUCGGGGAGCCCGACCAGCCUGGAUAAGAUCGCCGCGCAGGGGAGGAAGAGGAAAAAGCGGACCUCCAUCGAGGUGAGUGUCAAAGGGGCCCUGGAGAGCCAUUUCCUCAAGUGCCCGAAACCCGGGGCGUCGGAGAUCAACUCGCUGGCGGACAGCCUGCAGCUAGAGAAGGAAGUGGUGCGGGUCUGGUUCUGCAACCGGCGGCAGAAGGAGAAGCGAAUGACGCCCCAAAACGGACCGAUGGCCGGGAACGAGGACGUGUACGGGGACGCCUCGCCUCACCACGGGGCGCAGACACCUGUUCCGUGAGAAAGGGGCGGCUUGAACAUAAAUCGACUGUCUCUUUGUCCCGGCCACGAGCCCGUUCGGGGCGGACCGACGGUGAUGAAGCGUCUCUGUGUGUGGCACCUCCGAGGGCGCGGAGCGCGCGUGGUUGCGCGAACAAUAUACGGGCACGGGCGCGAGAAAACACGCUCCGAGGCGUUAUACGCGCCGCGACUGAACCUAAAGAGGGAACGUAAAUACACUUUUAUUUAAGAGAUUUCUUUUCAAGUCCGGGGAUCUGUGAAAGCAUCAUAUCACUUCCAACCGAAAGCUGUGAAAAAGGCGUCAGGGGCGCGCCAUCUUCCCCUCAUGACCACAAAAGGUUUAUUCCUGAUUGAAAUGAAUCCGGUGCAAUGUCUGCUAUUCAUACUCAUACAAAUAUUGAUGACAAAUGCUCUAUUAUUAUUAUUAUUAUUAUUAUUACAUAUUCCCGUUCUGAUCACAAAAUGUUUGAUUGAAAUGUAUCUGCAAUUCAUUCACCUUCUUAUAUAAAUGGCAAUAAUAGUAAUACUAACUAAACAGCUCUAAAUUAUUUAAAUAAAGGGAACCAAAUAUAGGCUACUAAUACAUUAUUUAAAAAAAAUAAAAACAACAACAACAAUAAUAAUACUUUUACUAUUAUUAUUAUUAUUAUUAUUAUUAUUAUUUACAUUAUGUACAUAUUAUAUACAUAUUUACAUAUGUAAAUGUGAUCAAUUCUCUCAAAGUCUAAUUUCGGUCACAACAAAGGCUGCCAAGUGCUGCUGUAUGUUGUUCACUGGCAAAGCAGCCCGAUUUCAUGCAGAUCACGGAUUCACACUGCUGCUGCUGCAAAACAGAGGCCUGAGGAAACAUUAAAACCUCCCCCAGAAUCGCACAGUGCUGUGGAUCACAUCGAAAUGUCUAUUCACAAAUUAAAUUAAAUGAUACCAGCUCUUUGUAAUUAACCACCCAAUUGGGUUUUUCUUAACAUUUUGAUUGAAUUUCUAUAAGCAUCCACCAAAAGCUCCCACGAUUUGAGACAGUGGCUUUUUUUUUCUCUCCUUUUAUUUUAAAUCAUUUUUGGUUGUUGUUUUUUUUCUGAUUGGGGAAAUCUAAAAGAAACCCUAAUAGAAUCGUAUGACAGUAAUAUUUAAUAUUACAGAUAAAAAAACAAGCUUUUCUUUAAUUUCAUUAAUUUGUCUGGAAACGCUUAUGGCGUAUAAAUGUCAAGAUUUAAAAACACUAUAUUAAUAGUAAUAAUAAUAAUAAUAAUAAUAAUAAUAAUAAUGUGAGGCCAGUGUUUCUUGCCCAAUUUUUAUUCUAGUAACAUUGUGUGAUUUUGUGCGUCAGCUAAAUGUAUAAGCCUCAACAUGUUUGUAUCUGUUUGAUAUUUUGUGUUUCUUGUUUAUCCCAAAUUGAUCUUUCUUUUUUUAACGAGAAAUACUACACCAGCUGUGUUACAAUUAUAUGAUGGCCUGCAUCGAAAAACAAGGACAUUGUGCGUGGAUUUUGAAUUUUAAUUUUCUAUGGCUCUGUGAAUACUUGUAUAUUUGUGCACUUAAACUGGCACUGCCAAAGCACAAAAGCUGUCAGUGUGCCCUGUUGAGGCCAGUAACGUCUUUGGUUUUGACAGAAAAAUUGCACAGUUUUUAAAAGCCUUUUGUCAUUAAAUGAAUACAUUUUUAUAUAAAGAAGUGCCUCUCGUGAAUCUGUGCCCCGUGAAUGAAGAUCCUCAAGAUAAAUGGAUUCACAAUUUCACACAUUAUUUGAGCAUCAAGGCAGUUGAAUGUAAUGUUGCCUCGGGAUGAGAUGAUGCUGUAGGUCCUUUACAGCCGGUUGCAAUUCCUUCGCUUCGAUUUCUACGUGACCACGGAGGCAAAUGUUUGCCAUUUCACUCGUAAUGAAGACGGAUUAGACCGGUUCAAACGAGAGAACGGAGACCUACGUGAAUAUUUUAUGACGCUAUUCUGGAUCUAAAUAGGACUCUUUUUUUAAAUAUUCAAAAUGGAAACAAAAUAUCAAACUACUGCUACUAAUAGAACGUUAGUGAUCUAUAAUAUAUAAUUUACUAGCUUUGAAAAGAUAAAAUGUAGCCUAUUGUAUUGUUUUAACAUUGGCUAUUUGUCAAACGGUAUUUCCAAAUAUCAUCCGCCAUUCCAGUAAAUCAAUUUACUGCUUCAUUAAUGAACAAUUUUAGGAAAACGAACAAAAACACACUAGAUGUCUUGUUUAUUUAUAGCCUAUUUACUGUGUGUUUAUAAUGAACAGUGAAUCUCAAGGCCUUGGAAAUAUCGACUGCCUUUAAAAACCCGCAUUUGUGUGUGUGUGUGUGUGUGUGUGUGUGCCUACUUAACAAUAUUGUAGAGAUAAAUUUGUGACCAAAAGUGAGGUAAAUAUGACAAAAACUCCCAAUA